UAUACGACUCCAUGGCUCAAUGGCGUCAUGCUCGACAAAGCUGGGGUGACCACUCAGACCAAUCUCCGUGCAUCCUUAAAUGUCUGCGCGGAUUGUUUUUCAUCUCUGAGUCAUGCAAAGGUCCCGCGUCUCGCUUUGGCCAACCAUCUUUAUCGAGGACAUCUCCCACACCAGUUUCGUGACCUCACUUGGGUUGAAGAAAUGGUAUGCGCUGUUUAUCGCAAUACAGCUCAUGUCACUCGACUAUAUCAGUCGACAGACGCAGCCCAGCUGUUCAUUCUGCAUGGUAAUACAUGUGCGCAUGAAACUAAUGUGAUCUCUACAGUAACAGUUCUUCCUCGCACACCCGCUGAUAUCAAUGGCAUGCUGUCCGUCGUCUUUGUUGGACCCACAAAACUGACCGACAAGUCAUUGAAGACAAUGUUUCAGGUACGCAAGAAGUUGGUAUGGGCAUUCCUUCGAUGGCUCUGCGCGCACAAUCACUUAUACCGGAACGUGCGUUUGGACGAGGACAUCAUGGACGAGUACCCUGAAGAUGGCCCCGUGCCUGGUGUUGCAGGUCAUUUGAUUUAU